UGUGUCCUGUGUGCUCUUCGGAUUGCCUGAAGCAGCAGACCGAGCCAGCGCUACCUGCCAACUACCACUGUCUGCCCGCCGGCGUCAACUCAGCUGACUGACGGGUGCCCGGGAAUUCGUCGUGAAUUCGUCACACCACAAGCCGAUCACCAUCUCGUCCUCAGCGAUUCAUUUGUGCUGCGCCAUCCCAUUCAUCAGCAUGAAGACAGAAGAGAAGAACGCAGCUCCGCGCGUCAGAAUCGCGGUGCUCGGCCAGGCCAACGUGGGCAAAUCAGCCCUGACGGUGCGGUACCUGACCAAGAGAUACAUCGGCGAGUACCGGUCUGAUACAGAUUUGUUGUAUCGCCAGACAGUUACGGUGAACAACGCACCAAUUGAUGUCGAGAUCGUCGACAUAUCUGGUGAAACGACCGACAGCCCGCUGCCCGUGGAGCAGGUGGAGUGGUCGGACGCGUGCGUGCUCGUCUACUCCAUCACGGACCGGCAGUCGUUCGAGUACGCCCACACGGCUCUGCAGCGGCUUCUCAAGACCGGCCGACCCACCACUCUGCUGGCCAACAAGGCAGACCUCGAGCACCUCAGGCAGGUGGAGGAGUCUGAAGGGCGCAAGGCCGCCUCCGAGGGAAGCUGCGCCUUCUACGAGGUGUCCGCCGUGGACAACACGGCCGGCCUCUACCAGGCGUUCGACUCUCUGCUGGCCGAGUGCCGCGCAGCGCAGCAGCACCAGCCCAAGGCGCGCAAGUUCUCCGUCUCCAAGAUGCUGGGCACUCUGAUCGGCUCCGCGGCGGGCAAACAGCACCCGCCCCCGCUGCCCGUGGGCGGCGGCACCGUCGUCGAGUUCCACAAGUCGGACCUGCACCGCACGCGCGUCCUCAGCCGGCGGCCCAACUUCGCGGCCACCGCCUCGCUGUGACUCUCCCGGGGGACGGCCGCCGGCGGCGGCCACUCUUGAACCUCUUCCGGCUGUCCGGUCGGCCGAGCGGUCGACUUCGGCCUGCCAGUAGCUGCGCGGCGCUGCCUGCGGGCAGGGUCAGCCCUCGCGACGCCCCCUGCGCCAACCGUGCGGAUUCCGAUGCGCGGGCCAGCCCUGCCUAGCGUUUUGGUUCUCCCUCACUCCGCCUUGGUUUUUUUACGGUCUGAGAGGGUAAGGAGAAUGUAGGAGUAGCGUUCCCUAGGCGUACAGUGGGAAGAAGAGCAAGAGGAUAACGGGAAAUACCAACUUCACCCUCUUACGGGCUGUUCCCUGAAGUCUCUCCCACACGUACCCUACUGCUCGUAUGACGUUCUGACGAAGGCCUCAUAUGUCAAUUUUGUCGAAUGUUUUACAUUCGUUGCCAUCACUUCCAAAUGAAAACAAGUGGCACUUAUAUUUUUCUCUUCUAGUAUUUACAUUCCAUGAUAUACUCAACAGUCUUUGGAUACAAAACAGGUGUCUUAUUUAUCCUUUGUUUUGUACAGUAUGGAAACAUCAGAUACUGCGACACUUGAUAGAUAUCGGGUCUAAUUUCAAAUCGACCGCUGUCUACGCCUAAUUUUAUCAGUUACUUCUCAACAAUAAUGAAUAACAAAUACGGCCUAAGAGUCUGAAUGGUUGUGAUCACUGUAUAUUUGUGCCAAAUAUUUGAGUAUUAGUCCUAUUAAGUCCACCUUUUGUUAUAAGUUGUUUCCUGCCUCCUCUUGAUAUUGUAACUGACUAAUGAAACUUGCAACACAUCCUUAAAAUAUAGAUUGCAUACUUGAAAAUCCCAUUACCUUGGAGAAAAUGAACUCUCAUAUGAUAUUUGAAGCAGAUAGUAGAAAUGGACUUCACUAUAUUCGGGACAGGACUGACAUAAUAUCCCUAGAAAUACAUUCCGUAAGUCAGUAGGAAACAAUUUGUAUGUAUUUGUAUAUAUUAAUAAUAAGGAGAAAAAUUCUCUGUAAUGAAAUGUCAUUUUAGACUGUGUUUAAUUAGCAGUCAGUAACAAACCUCUGAUAAUGCUUUAUGAACUGAAUACUGUUGUUAUUUUGGAAUGAAAUUAGGUAUUGAUUCUCAUGCAUUGAUGUUAAGAACGAUUUGUUUCGAGAGAAAAAUUUCCGGAAGCUCUUUUAAAAUCUAUGAUGUUGGUGUAUCUACAGCUAACAAUAAGUUAUGAUAAACAAUUACUACUAUGAUUUAAGUAGCUCUUUUACCUCUCAAGCAAGUCGUUCUUUGUAAUAAACUCACUUGGUGGUAACAGAAAGUCAGUGUAAGUUAAUAUCAAAUUGAAAGUGAUAUUGAAGUAUAUACACAAAAUUAUCUAUAAGAUGGCUGUGAUUUU